CUACCACCACUAAGCAAGAAAUGACCGCCGUAGCUACCACUAAGCAAGAAAUGACCGCCGUAGCUACCACCAUUAACACUACUGAACAAAAAACUAACUGCCAGAACUACCACCAACGAACAUA